UACUGAGUUCUUUGAAGCGCUGAAGGAGAGAAAUGUACCCACCAUCCCCACGGACGUUGCAGUCGAUGGCUGAACAGUGUCAGCAGCCAGAGUGUCGACGCCUUUUAGAAUACGAUUUGGGAACAAUCAACACAACAACGAUAACGGAUGAUGAAGGAAAUGUACACUUUCUGAUGCAUGAUCCCCAAUUUACAUCCGAAUUUGUGGAUGUCACACAUACUUUCAUUGAUGGGACAUUCCAAACAACGCCUCGAGUAAGAGGAGUUUACCAGUUGGUGACAAUUCUCGGCGUAAAAUAUGACCACGCAAUACCAAUCGCUCAUAUUUUAAUGGCGAGAAAAACUGAAAAUAGCCUUAUAGCUUGAACAGCUUCAGAGCCGCUGUGAUUAACGGCGAGUCCAUUGCAGUGAUAAUGACGGAUUUUUAACAAGCGCUGCG